AGGCAAUGUGUGUGUUUAGUGCCUUCCAUGUGAAUGGAGGAAGAACUUUUUAAUUCUUUUAUUAGCAAAAGCUUAUUUCCAUUUGAUAAGAUUUUAAAGUUCAAUUACCAUGCUCCUAAAAAGUCCCCCUUUAAAGCUUUUACGUUCUUAUUUAAAUAUAUUUAAAACAUGUUAGUGUAAAUGAGGCUAAACUGUUUGCUAAAUAACUUGCAGAAAGAGACACCUGUUUCAUAGAGGUUAGUCCUUUCCUCUCUAUCAGUAAAAAUGGUCAUCAGCCCCAUUUAGACAGGCAGAGUAAGGCAACUGAUGUUUGGUGAUCAUUAGCCACUAUAUAACUUUUUUUUUUUUCUAGUAUAGUCAAAGACAUGGACUUCAGUCCCACAGGUUACUCUAGACAUUUUUUUUUUUCAUAGUCCUAAGUUCUCUGCAAUGAAAAUCAAACCUAGACUACUGCCUUGGGACUUCAUGAAGGAGAAUUUCCAUAUAGCUUCAAUUCAUUUUGACUUAGAACUACAUCUCUGGUAUUUCUCAUUAGUCUCAGGUGGGCUGCCUAAUGCGUAUUGACUGAUGUUGUCACAGUAUGGAUGCUUGCUUUUAAGCAUGAUGAUUGACAGCUCUACCUUCCUUUAGCUGAAAUGUAUUCUGUGCCACUUUCCUCAGAUUAAGACCUCAGUCACACCUGUGCAACUUCAAUGGUGCUACACACGUAUCUAUCUAUGGCACUUGCAUAUGGCCCCCAUUGCCAUAGUAUGUGAGAACUUCUCAAUCUUUACUGUAUUCAUCCUCAUUGCACCCCUGUGAGACAGGGCAAUAUUCUCCCCACUUGACGAGUGAACUGAAUGACGUUCUUAGGUCACACAAGUAGAUUGUGAUGGAUCAGGAUAUCAAACCUGUGCAUUUCUUGUCCCAGGUUAACGUGCUAACCACUGGGCUAUGCUUCCUUUCUGAGAACUUAAAUAAUAAGUGAAGGCUUAACUUGAAGAUGGCACGGGUGUCACUGGUGAUGUGUAGAUAAGAAAGAACCCAUCUUGACUUUCAGAUGUCAAAUUGUGUUCAGAGCUGGUUGUUGGACAGGGGGAGAGGUGGAAGUUCUUUGAAUGGCCUCUGCACAUGACCACUGUUAGGGAGAUGCCAACCAGUGUAGUAGAAGCAGUGCCUGUUGGAGUACCCAAAAGCCCCACCCCAUAGCUUUAAAUGUUUGAGGCAGUACUAUAAAGGGGGCAAGGUGCUUCAAUCAUCUUAGUUCUUUCCAAGUGUUCUAGCGUAUCAACCUGGAACUUCUGGAUGCUCUUACUCAAACUUAGUUGUGAAACAAAAAUGAACUUUAAUUCCUGUAUAUGAUUCCUUUUUGUUGUUUCAGUGUAGUUUGAGGGAAUAAAUCUCUGCUAGCUUAGUUUUUAAAGCCUUGGCAUUUAAGUCAGCCAAAUUGAGUCUCCUUUCAUCAUAGCCUUCUUCGGUCCUUCCUGAAAUCUAUCUUGGUCCUCACUGCCUAGUGUCUUUGCAAGUAGAUUGGUGGUUUCUUGAGGGACAAGGGUGCUCCAACUGGUACUGUUACUUGAGAGUGCCACUUUGCUCAGCUGUAGGUGUAUGUUCUCAAUAGUGUGAGUAUGCAGAGGAUCAUCGUGAAAGAGGCUACUUAAUAGUAAGAAAUCUCUUCUUUUUUACUUCUAUACUGAGCAAAUUUGGGCUGGAAAAUACAAAGUGCUGUUUUUAGUGUCACUUUUCAGGGAAGAAUUGCACUUCACAGUACAGUAAGGGUCAGAAAAAUGACUAAAUAUUACAGUUUAUUACCCAGUAGAUCUGCUCCCUGAUUUGUGUUCAGUCAUAUCUGCUGACUUAAGUUACAAUGUUUUUAGCUAUUAACUGGAACUCCUGUUAGCUGAGUUGACUGCAUUCAAUUGACUGAGAGACUAAGAAGGCUUCUGUUCUGGUUCCCUAUGAACAGAAUUUUCUAAAUUCUAGUGGCAGGGCUAAUUUUUGCCCUUGUUUGCACCUGUGCAACAUUCUUCUGGGCAUUGUAAACAAUAGUCCUUUUGUCACCUGUUUUUACAUCAAAGUUCUCCUAUAGCCUGUCUUACCAAGCCCUCAGGAAAUGAAUGACUCCAGGUUGAUAGAAUCAACAAGCACAAUGGAUGAAGCAAUAGCUGCUGGUCUGAAGUUUAAUGAUGAAGCUGCAUCCCGAAAAAGGAAACUAAGCCAAUCACCCACAAACAAUUCUGAAGACAGUGGUGACCAAAUUUCAAAAAAGCAAAAAACAAACUCUCUAGAAGGGGAAGAAUCUCAAAAAGAAUGGGAAAAGCAAGACGCUCUUGUAAAGAAACUGCAAAAUAAAUUUCCCAGUUUGGAUAAAGAGGAACUGAAAGAUGUACUUCAAGAACAUAACUGGGUGUUUCAUGAAGCACUGGAGUCUUUAAAAGUAUUUGCAGAAGACCAACAGGAUGUGCAAUAUCCUUCCAAAAGUGAAGUUUCUAGUUGGAACGAAGUCUCUCCAAAUAGCAAAAAGCACUAUAAUAAUGACACUAAACUGAAGGUGAAACAGAAAUCUUCUGCAAAAGCUCAGAAUGGCUUUAGGAAAAAAGAUAAAGGCAAAAAAGGUGUUUGGAGGACUAAAAGAGAAACAGAAGAUUCAGAAUACGAGUCAGCUUCAGAAGGUGGUAGCUCCCUUGAUGAGGACUACAGCAGUGGUGAUGAAGUGAUGGAGGAUGGUUACAAAACUAAAAUAGUUAGCUUCCUGCAAGAUGCUUCACUAGGUGAACUCACUUUGAUUCCUCAGUGUUCUCAGAAAAAGGCUCAGAAGAUAACGGAGCACCGGCCCUUUAAUAGUUGGGAAGCUCUGUUUACAAAAAUGAGUAAAACAAAUGGAUUAUCAGAAGAUAUUAUAUGGAACUGCAAAAUAUUGCUCAAAGAGAGAGACGUGGUUCUAAAACUCAUGAACAAAUGUGAAGACAUUUCAAAUAAAUUGACAAAACAAGUUACCAGGAUCACUGAAGAUGGAGGAUGUGGAUGGAAUAUAGAGCAACCUUCCAUUCUGAAUCAAAGUAUGGAGCUCAAGCCCUAUCAGAAGAUAGGUCUGAACUGGCUAGCGCUACUACAUAAACAUGGGUUGAAUGGUAUUUUAGCUGAUGAAAUGGGUUUAGGAAAAACAAUACAAGCUAUUGCAUUCCUAGCAUAUCUCUACCAAGAGGGUGAUAAAGGUCCUCAUUUGAUUGUUGUGCCAGCUUCAACUUUAGAUAACUGGAUAAGAGAGGUUAAUCUGUGGUGUCCUGCUCUUGAUGUCCUUUUUUAUUAUGGAUCCCAAGAGGAUCGUAAGCAACUCAGAACUGACAUUAAUAAUAAAGUCGUAAAUUUCAAUGUGAUUGUGACCACAUAUAACUCUGCAAUUAGCAGUGCAGAUGACCGUAGCCUGUUUCGCCGGCUGAAGCUUAACUAUGCAAUCUUCGACGAAGGUCACAUGUUGAAGAACAUGGGUUCUGUACGCUACCAGCACCUAAUGACAAUUAACGCAAAGAAUCGUCUGCUGCUAACAGGCACUCCAGUUCAAAAUAACCUGUUGGAGUUAAUGUCUUUAUUGAAUUUUGUCAUGCCACAUAUGUUCAGUGGUAGUACCAGUGAAAUCCGGAGGAUGUUCUCUUCAAAAACAAAAGCUGCUGAAGAACACAGUGUAUAUGAAAAGGAGAGGAUUGCUCAUGCGAAGCAAAUCAUAAAGCCAUUUAUCUUGAGAAGAGUAAAGGAUGAGGUCCUUAAACAACUACCCCCCAAAAAAGAUCUUAUUGAGUUGUGUGAUAUGUCAGAGAAACAGGAACAGCUGUACUAUGACCUCUUCAACAAACUAAAGAAAUCUAUUGACAGCCAGGAAAAAAACUCAGAAAUGGGCAAUGUCAUGAUGCAGCUGAGAAAAAUGGCAAAUCAUCCUCUCUUACACCGCCAGUAUUACACAGCUGACAAACUGAAGAUGAUGUCAAUGCUUAUGCUCAAGGAACCCACGCAUUGUGAUGCCAAUCCUGACCUCAUCUUCGAAGAUAUGUCUGUGAUGACAGAUUUUGAGCUGCAUUUGCUUUGUAAACAGUAUGCUAGUGUCAGUGACUUUAAGUUAGAGAUAGAUACAGUUUUGGAUUCUGGAAAAUUUAGAACACUUGAGCGCAUCCUCUCUGACCUUAAAGAAAAGGGUGAUAGAGUUGUAUUGUUUAGCCAGUUUACUAUGAUGCUGGACAUUUUAGAAGUUCUCCUAAAACAGCAACAGCACCGAUAUAUUAGGCUGGAUGGAAAGACACAGAUUUCUGAAAGGAUACAUCUGAUAGAUGAAUUCAAUACAGAUAUGGGUAUUUUUGUAUUCCUGCUUUCGACCAAAGCUGGUGGCCUAGGAAUAAAUUUGACUUCAGCAAAUGUUGUCAUUCUUCAUGACAUUGACUGCAACCCUUACAAUGACAAGCAAGCAGAAGACCGAUGCCAUAGAGUAGGUCAGACCAGAGAAGUACAAGUCAUAAAGCUAAUCAGUAAAGGGACUAUUGAGGAGUCUAUGCUCAAAAUCAGUCAGCAGAAGUUGAAGCUAGAGCAAGAUAUGACUGCAGUAGAUUUAGGAGAAGAAGGGACCAUUCCAGCAGAUAUAGCCACAUUGUUAAAAGCUUCAUUAGGUCUGUAAAAUGUAAAUAAAAUAGCUGUGGAUUUUAUUGGUGAGAAAAAGGCAAUGUGGUACACCCAUGGACUUUUACAUUACUGGUGACCAUAAGUUUUAUGAACAUUUAUAACUUUUUGUAAUUCCUUUACUGUAUUUCUCAUAUUGAAGAUUUUUAACACUGAUAGAAUUCUCCAGAUGCUUGAAAACAAAAUGUGUAAAUGCCACACACACAUGUAGUGCAUAAAAUGUUGAAUAAUCCAUAUUUUACAAAGCAGUUUUAAAAAUGGGGACCUAGUUAGUGAUGACUUUACCAGAUCUGCUAAUGCUUAAGAUUUGUCAGUAUUUUUGUAAUUAUUUCUACCUCCCAAAUAUAUAUAAGAACUGUCUGUUUCACUGGAUAAUGUGUGUAGAUUUUUUUUUACAUGUGCCUUAUUUGACAAUGCUCAUGUCUGGUUAUGCUUGUUUUUGUUCAUUUGAAGUACCGUACUGUUUUUGUAUCGACUUGUUCAAAUAAAAUUGUCUAGGUGA